AUGUAUGACAAUUUGAAGCAGUAUUCAAGUAACCAUGAUAAGGGAGAAUUUGUAGCAUACUGCCAUCUUUUGGGGAUGGAAGAAAACAUAGCUGGGGAGAUAUAUCGAGAUUUCACUGAAGAACCAGCAUCAGAUCAAUCAGUCCCUACGCCUAAACCUGCCAAAGUUCCUCAAACUACCACAGUUGCUCAACCACCCAAACCCAAGAAGAAAAUAUCUAUCACUUACGAUGAUUUAGACGUGGAGGUGGCGCCUAAGAAACCCAAAACCACCAAAUUCAAAAAGAUCAAUAAAGAAGAUGCAUUGAAGUUUAAAGAAAAACCUACCAUACAACCCAUUGCUGUUGAUCCCGAACCUGAGCUCGACCUUGGCACUGAUACUGAUGCUACAGAGCCGGCUGAAGAAGAAACCGAUUAUAACGAACAAUGGUAUGUAGAUGAUUAUGAACCCGUUAUCGAAGAACCUACCAAACCUAAACCCAGAUUUUCACGUCAAGAUAAAGGUGGCUUCUAUAGGAAUGGAGAGUAUGUGGAUUUUGAUCAUGAGAGUAAUCCUACGAUCCCUGUCACCAGUCAUUUCUUUGUUCCUCCAUUCUUGAAAGACGAACAACAUCAUUUGAAGCUUCAAAUAGGUGGUAAAAUUAUGUUUGAUCCCAUAAAGAAUCACGACACUCAUCUAAGUAUCAUCAGUAAGAAAGGUAGUGAUGUUGUUAAUGAAAGGAGGUCUAAGAAAGAGAGAAUCAAACAGGCAAAGGAAAGAGCUGAUGUCUCAGGUACCCGAUUAGGAAAUGUGUUGGGAAUCGAAGAACAAGCUGAAAAGGAAGAUAAAACUUCACAACAGUCAGGACCCUCUGAGAACCAAAUGAGUAUAGAAGAACAGAGGAAAAGACUACCUGUAUUUACGGUUAAACAUGACCUCAUCAAACUUAUAGGUGAAAAUCAGGUAUCUAUCAUUAUAGGGGAGACUGGUUCAGGUAAGACCACUCAAUUGACACAAUAUUUACAUGAAGCUGGAUACAAGAAUGUUGUUUGUACUCAACCAAGAAGAGUUGCUGCUAUGUCUGUUGCUCAAAGAGUCAGUGUUGAAAUGGGAUGUAAGGUAGGUCAAGAAGUAGGAUACUCUAUCAGAUUUGAAGAUGUCACCAGUGACAAGACUCGAAUUAAGUAUAUGACUGAAGGUAUUCUCUUGAGGGAAUUGCUUGGAGAUUCUAAUCUUGACGGGUAUGAUGUGGUUAUCAUGGAUGAAGCACAUGAAAGAUCUUUGAAUACCGACGUUUUGUUGGGAUUAUUGAGAAUGUUAGUAAGAAGACGUAGAGACUUGAAAGUCAUUAUCACCAGUGCUACGAUCAAUGCUGAUUUUUUUAGUGAAUUCUUUGGAGGUGCACCUCAAUUCACCAUUCCUGGGAGAACAUUUCCUGUAGAAGUGUUCUAUAAUCGUUCGGUUGAAGAUUAUGUUGAAGAAACCGUCAAAACUGUGGUCAAACUCCAUUUAGAGAACCUCAAUUAUGAUCGGGAAAGUGAUGGUGAUAUUCUUGUUUUCAUGACAGGUCAAGAAGACAUAGAAGUUACAUGUGAAUUGGUUGCAGAGAAACUCUCACAACUUAAUGAUAUCCCUCCCUUGGAUAUCCUUCCCAUCUACUCCAGUUUACCUUCAGAACUACAAUCUAAGAUCUUCACUGCCCCCAAUAAGCAUCGAAGAAAAUGUGUCGUUGCUACCAAUAUAGCGGAAACCUCGUUAACUGUGGAUGGUGUGAAGUAUGUGGUUGAUUGUGGAUUAAUCAAGUUGAAAAUCUAUAAUGCCAAAUUAGGAAUGGAUAAUUUAACUGUCAUACCCAUUUCAAUAGCCAAUGGUAACCAACGGAGUGGUAGAGCAGGGAGAACGGGACCGGGGAAAUGUUAUCGAUUAUAUUCCGAACAAGAAUUCAAUGAAGAUAAUUUGAAUUUGAUGCCUAUUCCAGAAAUCAAAAGAACCAACCUUAGUAACGUGAUGUUACUUCUCAAAUCAUUAAAAAUCAAUAAUAUCCAUGAUUUCCCCUUCAUUGAUGCUCCACCAAAGGAACUUAUUUCUUGCUCCAUGUAUGAACUUUGGACUUUGGGAGCUAUCGACAACUUUGGAAAUUUGACUGCUUUGGGUAAGAAGAUGAUCAGUUUCCCAAUGGAACCAUCAUUGGCAAAGUUAAUCAUUGUCUCCACAUAUCCACAAUUCCAGUGCCUGAAUGAGAUAAUCAUCAUUGUUUCAAUGUUAUCGGUGCCUCCAGUUUACUAUAGACCAAAGGAGAGAUUGGAAGAAGCUGAUAUGAUGAGAGAAAAGUUCACUAUCAAGGACUCUGAUCAUCUUACAUUGCUCAACAUCUACCAACAAUGGGAGAGUCAAAUGAAAACCAAUCCUCGUAAAGUUCGUCAAUGGUGUAUUAAGAAUUUCUUAAUCGGGAAAUCAUUACAGAAAGCUAGAGACAUAAAGAACCAAUUACUUUCCAUUAUGAAGUCCCAGAAGCUUCCUAUAACUUCUUCAAAUAAUGAUGAAGUCAUAAAACAAUGUUUAUGUAUGACAUUCUUCCCCCAAAGUUCAAGAUUAUCCAAGAUCAAUUUGAAAGAUAGUCUGAUCGAAUAUUUCAAUCUUCGUCAUAGUUUCAUGAAGUUGUACUUACAUCCCACAUCAGUUUUGAACAAUUCCCGUGAUUUCCCACCCGACUAUGUAAUCUAUCAUCAAUUGAUCUUGACCAAGAAAGAAUAUAUGAAUGUUGUCACUGCAGUUGACCCAUUAUGGUUAGUUCAAUAUGGUUAUAUGUUUUAUGAUGUUCCCAAGAAAACAAAAGAAUUGUUAGGAAUAACCUCGAUGGUAGAAAAAUUCCAAAAUACUAUAGAAGAGGAUACAAAGUCGUAUAACACCAAACCAGAAGAGACCGAAAAAGAAGCUCCUAAAAUCAAAAAAUUCAAACCUAGAGGAAUUUAG